GCGCGUGCGUACUACCCCUGCUGCCGCCGCGCCCUUCUCUGGGCGUCUGGAUUCCCUUCCUCGCGGCCCCGCCCAGGCGGCUGCCCGUGACCUGCCUGGGCGCAGGGAGCGGAAAGUCGGAAAGGGUGAGGGGAGUCCAGUUCGUCAUGGGGCUGUUUGGAAAAACCCAGGAGAAGCCUCCCAAAGAGCUGGUCAAUGAAUGGUCCUUGAAGAUCAGGAAGGAAAUGAGAGUUGUCGACAGGCAGAUAAGAGAUAUCCAAAGAGAAGAAGAGAAAGUAAAACGGUCUGUGAAAGAUGCAGCCAAGAAGGGCCAAAAAGAUGUCUGUGUGGUUCUGGCCAAGGAGAUGAUCCGGUCAAGGAAGGCUGUGAGCAAGCUCUAUGCAUCCAAAGCACACAUGAACUCUGUGCUCAUGGGGAUGAAGAACCAGCUUGCGGUCCUAAGAGUAGCUGGUUCCCUGCAAAAGAGCACAGAAGUGAUGAAGGCUAUGCAGAGUCUUGUGAAGAUCCCAGAAAUCCAGGCCACCAUGCGGGAGCUGUCCAAAGAGAUGAUGAAGGCUGGAAUCAUAGAGGAAAUGUUAGAGGAUACAUUUGAAAGCAUGGAUGAUCAGGAAGAAAUGGAAGAAGCGGCAGAAAUGGAGAUCGACAGAAUCCUCUUUGAAAUCACAGCAGGAGCCUUGGGCAAAGCACCCAGUAAAGUAACCGACGCCCUUCCUGAGCCUGAACCUCUUGGAGCGAUGGCUGCCUCAGAAGAGGGAGAGGAUGAGGAUGAAGAGGACCUGGAGGCCAUGCAGACCCGGCUGGCCACACUCAGAAGCUAGGGCCACCCAGUUGGGGGCCUCAGCUCUGUGGUGCCCUCUUCUAGGUGUGGGCACAGCCUCUGGGGAGUCCCCGUUUCCUGUAUCUCUUGCACUACACCUCUGUUGUGAAGCAUUACAUUUUGGAGAGGGUUCUUUGCUAGUAUUUCUUCACUGUUUGCAGAGGUCUUAAGGACUGUUUUUAUGAAGGUGGUGUAAACAAAUGCAUUAUUUUCAAGAUCAUAAAUAGCAGAAGUAUCUUUCUUGGGGGAGGGCAAAGAAACCCAUUUUCUCAUGAAGCAAUUCUUAGAAGAGUCGAUUGAAUGUUGAGGACUCUACUGGUGUGUAUGUGUAAACUACUCCGUAAAUGGAUGUCAAUAAACUUCUACUUUAGCUCUUG